AUGGAUCCGCUCCGAGCCAGCGACUCGGCCGCAAACCGUGGCCGAGGGGCCAAUACUCGUAAAAGAGACAGAGAGGAUGACAUGUCCUCCCCGGCGCCAUUGCCUCCUUCCAGUCCCACCGCUUUGGGAUCAUCCCCUCCCCCAAUCCCCUUUGACAUGGGAGAUGAGGACGAGGACGAGGAUAGAGGUCUUGUGCAAGAUAUUGAUGAUAUUGAUGAAUUGGCUGAAGACGAGGAUGGCAUUGACCUCUUCGGUGACAACUUUGAGCGGGACUAUCGUGAUGCAGCGCAAGAUCGCUAUGAAAAUGAAGGAUACAUCGACGAUGACGAAGACCAUGAUGAAAUCGAUGCCGCAACUCGUCGGCAGCUAGAUGCUCGCCUGAACCAGAGAGAUCGUGAACUAGCACGUCGGCGCCGCAUGCCUGCGGCCUUUUUGCAAGAUGAUGACGAUAUGGAAUUGGACCUCUCGCGCCAACCCCGACGACGCAGACACCAUUACGACGAGGACCGUGAAGAUAUUGACAUGGCCGACGAGGGCAUGGAAGAGCUGUCAUUGGAGGAACUGGCAGAUGUCAAGGCAGCCAACAUUACGGACUGGGUGACCCAGCCCCAGGUCCUUCGCUCCAUCUAUCGUGAAUUCAAAGCCUUCCUGACAGAGUUCAUCGACCCUACCGGUCAGUCUGUUUACGGUAAUCGAAUCAAGACACUGGGUGAGGUGAACUCCGCUUCACUUGAAGUUUCCUACGCCCACCUCAGCGAGACCAAGGCAGCCCUGUCAUACUUCCUCGCCAACGAGCCCACAGAAGUCCUGAAGGUAUUUGAUCAGGUCGCGCUCGACGUUACUCUAUUCCACUACCCACAAUAUCACGACAUUCACAACGAGAUUCACGUCCGCAUCACCGAUGUACCGAUCAUUUACACCCUGCGCCAGUUGCGCCAGUCGCACCUCAACUGCCUGAUCCGUGUCGGUGGUGUCGUUACCCGUCGAACUGGUGUCUUCCCGCAGUUGAAGUAUGUCAUGUUCCUCUGCCAGAAGUGUGGUAUCACCUUGGGUCCAUUCCAGCAAGAAGCUAGUGCGGAGGUGAAGAUCUCGUUCUGCCAGAACUGCCAGUCGCGUGGUCCCUUCACUGUGAAUUCGGAAAAGACAGUCUACCGCAACUACCAGAAGUUGACUUUGCAGGAGUCGCCCGGCUCGGUUCCCGCAGGUCGUCUGCCCCGGCAGCGUGAGGUCGUUUUGCUUGCCGAUCUGAUCGACAGUGCCAAGCCUGGUGAUGAGAUUGAGAUUACCGGUGUCUACCGCAACAGCUACGAUGCCCAACUGAACAACAAAAACGGCUUCCCAGUUUUCGCCACCGUAAUUGAGGCCAAUCAUGUAGUCAAGGCACACGACCAGCUGGCUGGUUUCAACCUGACUGAAGAGGAUGAGCGCGAAAUCCGCGCCCUCUCCCGUGACCCCGAUAUUGUGGACAAGAUUGUUCGCUCUAUGGCACCCAGUAUUUACGGCCACCAGGAUGUCAAGACUGCUGUUGCGCUUUCGCUAUUCGGAGGUGUUAGCAAACAGGCCCAGGGCAAGAUGAAUAUUCGUGGUGAUAUCAACGUCCUUCUUCUCGGUGACCCCGGUACCGCCAAGUCUCAGGUGCUCAAGUUCGUUGAGAAGACUGCCCACCGCGCUGUGUUUGCCACUGGUCAGGGUGCUAGUGCCGUCGGUCUCACGGCCAGUGUUCGCCGCGAUCCUCUCACCAGCGAAUGGACGUUGGAAGGUGGUGCGCUUGUGUUGGCUGAUCGGGGUGUUUGUCUUAUCGAUGAGUUUGACAAAAUGAACGACCAGGAUCGGACAUCUAUUCACGAAGCCAUGGAACAGCAAACCAUUUCUAUCUCCAAGGCCGGUAUUGUCACAACAUUGCAGGCUCGCUGUGCUGUCGUGUCCGCCGCUAACCCCAAGGGUGGUCGGUACAACAGCUCAAUCCCCUUCUCGGAGAAUGUCGACUUGACGGACCCUAUCUUGUCUCGUUUCGAUAUUCUCUGUGUGGUGCGUGAUUUGGUUGACCCUGCCGAGGAUGAGCGCUUGGCCAAUUUCGUGAUUGAGUCGCACCACCGUUCCAACCCUGCCCGUCCCCUCCGCAACGAAAAGGGCGACUUGGUUGAUACUGACGGCAAUCUCAUUGACAAUGAGGGUUACCGCAUCAACAGAGACGGCCAGAGACUUCCCCCGUCACAGGAGGAGGUCGCCAAACGCGCGGCAGAGAAACAAAGAGCCGAAGAGGAGAAGGAGGGCGAGAUCCCGCAGGAGCUCCUGCGGAAGUACAUUAUGUAUGCCCGAGAACGUUGCCACCCCAAGCUUUAUCAGAUCGACCAGGACAAGGUUGCCCGUCUCUUCGCAGACAUGCGCCGCGAGUCCCUUGCUACUGGAGCGUACCCCAUCACAGUUCGUCACCUUGAAGCCAUCAUGCGUAUUGCCGAAUCUUUCUGCAAGAUGCGCCUGUCAGAAUACUGCUCCUCGCUGGAUAUUGACCGCGCCAUCGCUGUUACUGUGGAUUCGUUCAUCGGCAGCCAAAAGGUCAGCUGCAAGAAGGCACUCUCGCGUGCAUUUGCCAAAUAUACACUCUCCAGGCCCAAGCCCCAAUCCAAGCGCCGUGCGGGUAUCCCCGUCUCAAACCCUCACCUGCCACGGGCUCAGUCAACCGCCCAUUAA